AUGGUGCAGGUGUCACGAACAGAAGGACCGUCUCAGGCAGAGCAAUUGCUUCGUGUAACAUCCGGAAUUGCAGCAGAACUCAUCAAGGCUCAUGACUCCAACGAAACCGUAUCCCUGAACGUCAUCCGAGCCAAGAUCAGUAAAAAGUUCGGUUAUGGAGGCGUACCCCCGCCUUACGAGUACAAAAAAGCCCUACUCCCAAAGCUAAAAGCAAGACCUAUCCGUACUGCCAGCGGGAUCGCUGUCGUAGCAGUCAUGUGCAAACCCCAUCGGUGCCCUCACAUUGCCAUGACAGGAAAUAUUUGCGUGUACUGUCCCGGUGGUCCUGACUCAGAUUUUGACUACAGUACUCAAAGUUACACCGGCUACGAGCCCACGAGUAUGCGAGCUAUACGAGCACGAUAUGAUCCCUAUGAGCAAACCCGUGGUCGCGUCGAAUUCAUCAUCAUGGGGGGCACCUUUAUGAGCAUGCCAGAAGACUACCGAGGCAAAUUUAUCGCACAGCUACAUAAUGCUUUGUCAGGAUUUACGGGCACAGACGUCGAUGAAGCCGUUCGGUACUCUGAACAGAGCAAAGCAAAAGCAAUUGGUAUAACCAUCGAAACACGCCCCGAUUAUUGCCUCCGACCACACUUGAGUCAAAUGCUUCGGUACGGAUGUACCCGUCUCGAAAUUGGUGUGCAAUCGGUUUACGAGGACGUCGCUCGUGACACCAAUCGUGGGCACACCGUCCGUGCGGUCUCCGAAUCCUUCCACCUCGCCAAAGACGCCGGGUUCAAAGUAGUCGCCCACAUGAUGCCCGACCUUCCUAAUGUCGGCGUUGAGAGGGAUUUGGAACAAUUCAAAGAAUAUUUCGAGAAUCCGGCUUUUCGCAGCGAUGGUCUCAAAAUAUACCCGACCCUGGUCAUCCGCGGAACCGGUCUAUACGAGCUUUGGCGAACAGGCAGGUACAAGAAUUAUACGCCAAAUGUAUUAGUAGAUGUGGUCGCGAGAAUUCUCGCACUGGUUCCACCUUGGACAAGAGUUUAUCGUGUCCAAAGAGACAUCCCGCUUCCCUUGGUGACAAGUGGUUGUGACAACUCGGGCAACCUCAGAGAACUGGCGCUUAACCGCAUGAAAGACUUUGGCGCCGAGUGCCGUGAUGUGCGCUUCCGUGAAGUCGGAAUCCACGAAAUACAUCAUAAAGUAAGACCCGAAUCUGUUGAGCUUCUGCGGCGAGAUUACACUGCGAACGGCGGGUGGGAAACAUUUCUGUCGUAUGAAGACCCGGAGAGGGACAUCCUCGUCGGGCUGCUCCGACUGCGAAAAUGCUCCGACGAAGGCACCUUUAGACCGGAGCUAGUGCGUAAGGGAGGUGACGAAGGAGGCAGUAGCAUUGUGCGAGAGUUGCACGUGUAUGGUACAGCAGUCCCUGUACACGGGAGGGAUCCGACAAAAUUCCAACACCAGGGCUUUGGAACUUUGUUAAUGGAGGAGGCCGAGCGGAUUGCGCGUGAGGAGCAUGGGAGCAUUAAAUUGGCGGUUAUUUCUGGCGUCGGGACACGAGACUACUAUCGAAAACUUGGCUAUGAGCUUGAUGGGCCAUACAUGAGUAAACUUCUUCUAUGA